CCCCGCCUGGCACCGGCGCGCGGCUGCUUUGCGCGUCAGCUGGCAAUGCCCUCUUAACCCCGAGAGAGAGAGGUCUCUGGCGGCGUCCGGGCCGCCUCCCUCGCUCGCCCCCCCGCGAUCUUCAUCCCUCGCCUCCCUCCGGCGAAGGAGGAGCGAGACGGGCAGGAAGGAGGGGCGAUCCGGGCCGCGCGCGCAGAGGGAAAGGGGAAAGAAAAGUUUUCAGAGAGUUUCUGGAGGCGGUUCCAAAGCCCCGAGCGCGUCGUCGUCGUCGUCCGGGCGGCCUCGGCAGCGACACCAGCGCGCAUGGACGCCCUCAAAUCCGCCGGACGGGCCAUAAUCCGGAGCCCCAGCAUCGCCAAGCAGAGCUGGAGCAGCGGCAGGCAUAAAAAGCUCCCGGAAAACUGGACUGACACCAGAGAAACCUUAUUGGAGGGUAUGCUCUUCAACCUGAAGUACCUGGGCAUGACACUCGUCGAGCAACCCAAAGGUGAAGAGCUAUCCGCUGCUGCUGUUAAAAGAAUUGUAGCCACGGCAAAAGCAAGUGGCAGAAAGCUCCGGAAAGUAACUCUAAAAGUGUCUCCCAGAGGGAUAAUCCUCAGUGACAGUGUAACAAACGAGGCAAUUGAAAACAUCUCAAUAUACAGGAUAUCCUACUGCACAGCAGACAAAGUGCAUGACAAGGUGUUUGCCUAUAUUGCACAGAGCCAGCACAAUGAGAACCUGGAGUGCCACGCUUUCCUCUGCACCAAACGGAAAAUGGCUCAAGCCGUCACCCUCACAGUUGCUCAGGCGUUCAAAGUAGCAUUUGAAUUUUGGCAGGCGUCCAAGGAAGAAAAGCGGGAAAAGGCCAUCUCCGAAGGAGAAAGCACCAGCAGUCCAAGUUUGGAUAGUUCUGCCUCAUCAAAAGGAUCGGUCACCACAGGGAACCUGUUAGACCUAGAGAAUGUUGCUAAAAUUCCCUUGACUGUCAAUGCAAACUCCACGCAGUCAGACGGAAGCAUCUUUGGGCCACAUUCAUCAGAAAACAACAACGUCAUGUGGGCAAUGGACGACGGACUGGAUGAAGCUUUUUCAAGACUGGCACAAUCUCGAACUAACCCCCAGGACCUCGACAUUGGCUUGACUGCACAAGAUAUCCAAAGCGCUGAAAUCCUCUCUCCUGUUGACUGGGACAAAGUAGAUUCCUCUACAGUGGCGGGGAAAGACGACCACCUCUUUGGGUUCUGACGUCUUCUCUCUCUCUUUCCUUUUCUCCUGACCAGCUUUUCAAGUUACGUAACCACUGAGAACUUGAUGCACUGCAUUCUGAGUGAUUUUUUUUAACCGGAGGGUUUUCCUUAAGAAGGGUGGGCGAGGCAAACAUCUGAUCCAGAUGGAUGCUAUAAUGUCACCAUAUAACUCUUUAGACCAAAGCUUUAGAUAUUUUAAUAAUCUUUUUAUAUAUAUAAAUAUAUGAAUACAUUUCUUUUUUAAAAAAAAUCUUUGCUUUUUAUGUAAAUGAUGAGAUACUCCUGAGCAUAUUUAUUCAAGAACCCCUUCAGUUUACAUAUAUCACGGAAAUUAAGUAACAUUGUCUAACUUAACAUUACAGUAUUAGACUGCUUUUCCCAUUGGAAUACUCGUGGUAAACUGUGAUAGCAUCAGCUGUGUUUUGUGAGGUGGGUGCCAGCGGUGCAACAUCAAAGUGAUCUGAGUUACUUUUUCUAGAAGAGAAGCAGCCCGACAAGGAAGGAGGUUGCUCUGGGGUAGAUACAGCGAGGCGGAGUUGGCUUUCUGGCUGGUUCAAGCAGGGAAGGUUACUAUGGGUUACAUGAUGCUGCAUUAGGUGGGGAAAUGGCAGGCUGUGGCCCUCUAGCCCUUUUCUCUAUGACCUGCCGGCUCCUCCCACAGGCAUGUUGGUGCCAACCCACAGCAGCUGAGUGGACAGAGCCUAGCCAGAUGCUUUUAAUAAGCAUCAGUAGGGUUGUUUUGGUACUAAUGGCACACAGGCUGAAGCAGCUGCCUAAUCUGUGGACCAGAACUAUUGAAACUGCCCUACUGAUCCAUGAAAUCAAACCUGUUUGAUGCCUAGGCCCUUUUCAGAUGCUGUGGAGAAGGGAAGUCAUGAGCCGCAUAGGGCAGGGCCGUGUGUAAAUGCUUGGAGAGGCAUGCUCUGCCUCUUCUCUUGUUUCCCACACAGCAGGGGCCACACCACUGAUAGCAACUUCCACCUCCAGGUAGCCACCAGCCUGGUUUCACUGUAUCUCGACUUAGCAGGAGAGGACCUCCUGUCCCUGUUGGGACACCAUAGUGAGACUGGAGUAGUGUGCACAGUGUGAUGUACAGGGCUGGCUAUCCAUGUAGACAAUUCUGGGAGGUGGAAUAUAACAUUCUUUUCCCCUGAGAAAUGACAGCCAAGUGCUUCGAGCCAGGAAUACAGGAAGUUGACAUCUGAACAUGUCUCAUGAGCAGUCUGUUUGCACCACCCUGAAAUUCCUGUGGAACUGGUCCAAACAUGUGUCAGAAUGGGGCACCAAUGGUUCAUGACCCUCUUUGUAGCUUGACAUGAGUUGAGCCCAUUGGAAAAUGUUCAUAUAGCCAUGCAGGGAGAGGGGCUGUGUGGUUUCUACCCAAUCUUAAGCUUCGUGUAUCCAAAUAGCAGUGGAAGCCUUAACUCUCUUCCUGCACUUCAGGCUGCACAUGCAUGGAUCACAUGAGUGGAUGUUCACCAUUUGGCAGGGGUAACAAACUCCAUACAUACAGAAAGCUAGUGUUGGGAAGAAGACUUCUCAUUUUGCCUUUUCCCUGACUUACUUGUUUUCAAUCUGCUGGGAAGUGGUUUGGAGAGCAGGUGUUAAAACACGUGCCCACCACUUUCAGUUCUUGGAAAGUUGAUCACUGCCAAUGCCUUUUUAAAAGAAUAAUACUUUACUGCUUAUUUUAUUGAUUGCAAACUGCUUUGGAGCCCUGUUGUUAAGCAGGAAAGAAAGCAGACUGUACAUUUUUUAAUCAGCCUUGUAUUUAACCACUUGCCUAAUUGCCACAGGCAAAAAUGAAUUCCGUGGAGGCAAGUCACUGAAACCAGCUGAGCUACCAGAGGCAGGAUGCAGUAUCUGUACCUCAUCCACUGGAAAACUCAUUAGGCUAGUCACUUUUCUGUCCUUAUGUACAAGGUUGUUUUAAAAUCAGAUGUGGCUCCCCAAGCACAUUUUUUCUUCCCCGUUUCAUCAUCCCAGACCCCAUUGAUUUUGGCAAGAAGAAAAAAAUAAAGUAGGCUGCUCAGCCCAGUGCCCUGAGGGGGAUGCAAAUCACCCCGUCCACAUCAAUCAGUGUUUUGAUGAGCUAGGGUGGGUGAUAACCGAUUCCUUCACCUGAUCUGUAUGGAUCAGCUCAAACAGGAGUGAGUGCCUGUUUGCAUGUGUGAGAGCUAGUGUGUAUGUGUGACAGGCAGGCAGGCAGGCAGGCAGGCAGGCAGACAAAGACGCAUCCACAUGAACUUUUGCCCACGCUCACUGCUGGUUUGUGGCUCCCAGAGGGUCACCAGGGAUGAAUGUGGCACUUGGGUCAAUAAAGGUUAGCAUGCAUACAUACAUACCUGGAACAGCUUUUGGCCACAUCCACACUAGACAUUUAAAGUGCUUCCCCCAAAGAAUGCUGGGAAUUGUAGUUCUGUGGGGGGUAGACUUCAGGUUCCAUGACCGCUGAAGCGCUAUAAAUGUUUGUUAAAUGUAUGGUGUGGAGCUGGCCUUCGCAUGCACCCUCCCCAACAACUGGGAAAGGUUGUGAGGGAAGGAAGAUUCACAGGUGGUUGGGAAAGAGAGAUUGUAACAGGUGAGAUUCUUUGGAAAGCAGCAUGGUAUUGAUCCUUUGUGGUGAUGAACUGCACCAUGGCUGAACAAUAAUUUGAAUCCGAUGUGCGUUUUUUUUUACCCUUUCCAAAGGGCAGGCUAUAAUUGCACUCUUUUUCUCACUCAAAUAGGUCUUAGCAAAGAGAGAGAGAAAAUAAGGACCAAUGUUUGCUUUUCUUUUUGGUGGCUCCAUCAGAAGCAGGGUCUGUCUCCUUGCAUUCUUCCUGAGCUCUUACUGGAAACAGGGAAAUUGCGCUAGCUGUUAAAAUGAGAAAGAUCAAGAACCGCCUCUUUGAAUUACCAGUAGGCAGUAAUGGGUUCUUUCGUUCGUUCUUCAGCCAGCUUCAGAAGAGAGUAGGCAUACUUUCUCUUAAGACAUAUAGCUUUGCACUUUAAAAAGGAAAAAAACUUGAACCAAAAUUAUGGUUUCAAAUGUCAGAUCAGGUUUGUAUGGCUCUGUAACCUUUUUCUCUUUUGCCUUUUGAAAGUACUUCAUUCAAAAACACACAGAGGCUGUUGGAUAUUCUUCCUAAAACUGACCUUUGCUCUUUUGCUGCAGCAAAAUGUUUGAAGACUCAUCCAUCACAUUGAUGGAGAUGCUGAGCAGUUUCACUUAGAUUUCUCUGUAUAUUUGCCAUCUAGGAAGAACUCAAAUGCUGAGGUUUGGCUAGUUGACUAGACAACAGUGGUCCUUAUAUUUAUUCUUAAACAUCUUUUGUUAAUAUUUGGUAAGUUCCACCAUGGUCCCCCCCUAUGCAUCCCUCUCAGCCAUUUAAGCCGCUAAAUCGAAGGCCGCCAAAUUGGAUUAAAGGAAAACAAUAAUUCCUUUCGGCUUUCUAUUUUUUAAAAAAAUUAAUGUUAAAUGGCUGUUUAUAAGUGCAUUUCUGUCAUACAUCUUUCCUUCUUCCCACCUGCGUCUCUGACAGAGGCUUAGAAAAUAAAUUCUCAGUCUAAUUUCUCAUUUCAUAAGACUCUGGAUUUAGAAAACUAAAUAAUGGGAGACUCAGGAUUACAGUCAUUAAGAGAUUAUGUUUAACAAUGAUCCUGAAUAGCUGCACUGUGGCACAGUUUGCUGUGUUUGUGGCCUUGUUGGAAAUAUACUAAUCUGUUUUAUAGAUUUGUAAUUGGCUUCUGAAAUACUAAUUUCACUUUUCCCAAAGAAUCCUUUUUUUAUAUAACUCUGCUAAUGCUACAGCUGGGCAAAGUAAAACUUUAAUGAGGCUGACGAUUCAGAAGACAGCAGAUAGAUUAACCUCCGAAACCAGAUAGUUUGGAAACUUGGCUCUUAUAAACUGUGUACUAAGUUGAUCCCGGGAGGAAAAGGUGUUUAAUGAAACUUACUUCAUCUCUCCAAAAAGGCAUCUCUUCUCAGCAUGCCGUGCCUUGUAAGCACAAGGUACAAAAAACUCUUCUAUUUGGGUUGACAAUGCAAGGUCAGUUGAAGAUCUCUGCUGAAAAUAUGUAUAUCUAUAUAGACGGUAUCCUCAUCUGUACAAAACUAACUAGAAUUGAACAGAAACUUGUCUUAUACAUGGAGCAGAAUAAGGUGGUAGAAUAGAAUGUUUCACUUCAAGGGACAAGUGAGGAUUCAAAUUUGGAAUACUGUCCAUAUUAAAGCAAAAAAAUAAUAAUUCCUGAAGGUAAAUAUCUAGCACAUCAGGGAGAAGGGUUGUAGCCCCACUCCUUGUUUCUACUCACAUGGAGUCUUUCAUGAAGAAUAGGAUUGGGGUGCAGGUGUCUCUCCUGAUAUUGCUGGACUACAGCUGCCAUCAUGCCUGACCAGUGGACAUGCUGGCUAGGAGUGAUGAGAGUUGAUAGUUCAACAUCUGGAGGGCCAGAGAGCCCCCAUCCCUAGUGCAGAGGAGAAUUCACAAAGGUGAUCCCCCCCAACACCCACCAUCCAAUGUGAUGCACUCUGUUUUAUCACCUCAUAUCUCUACCACCUCAUUCCCUUGUCUGUGUCGCCCAGGCUUCAUAUACAGGAGUUUGCUGCAGUUGUUGCUAUAGCAAAGGUCUUGAAAGAAUGGUCUAAGAAGUUUCAUUUUUAUGAGAACAUACCUAUUUUGGAAAUCUCUAGAAAAAAGUGUAUGUAACAUGAACAAUAUAAUGCCUCUGUGUAUAUAGUUAAACAUAUGCUGUAAAAAGUACAUUUGCUGUUGAGAAAAUAAAAAUUCUACCUUUUUUCCAGUA